AACAAUGGCGGUCGGUCGCUGAAUUCUUGUAAACAUAUGAUCAGGUGUUCUAUUUCUACAAUCAUAAGGAUGAUUUCGUCUCCUUAUUUUACGGCAAGUGGAAGACAAACGCGUUCGGCUACAAGAGCGGCCGCAGAUGCGCUGGGAAAGAAAAAGAAACCUGUGAGAAAGCACGUGAAGAUCGAAUACGAGUCCGAAAACCAAGAUGGAGGGAGAGAACGAGCGAGCGAUGAUUUAAAAGAAGAUGUAGCCUCUAAGAAGCGUAAGAAGGAUACUUCUGUAACAAAAAAACAGUCUUCAGACUGGGAACCUGCUAACUGGAGGGAACAACUAGCUAAUAUCCGUGAAAUGAGAAAAUUACGGGACGCACCGGUAGAUUCCCAAGGAUGUGAAAAGACAGCUGAUAUGAACCAGUCAGCUGAGGUGAGUGUUGGGCAGUUUGUGGGUUUAUUGAGUCAGAUUCCACAACAAGUACACUGAGUAGCGAACCGGGGCGGGGGGCGGGGGGGUACUAAGCUAUAUAGGUAUUUGCCGCCCCAUCGGGUAGGGCUUUUGCGCCGUUUUGGUCUGAAAACGGAUAUACACCUUGCUCAUUUUGGUCUAGAAUCGGGUAUGGUUUUCGAGGGAACAACGGGAGUGUAUGAACAUUUUUAUCGUUUCAAUUCCAAAUGAGUAAGAAGAAAGAGAAAUAUGCAAAUGCACAUUCCAAAUAGAUUUGAAUAAUUUUUGUGUUUUCGCCCUAAUCUAAGUAGUGAUAACAUAAAGGCCAGGUCUGAAAACGGCUAUGGAUUUUAGAGGUCUAGUCUAAAAACGGGUGUGGAUAAUAUAUUACAUUCUUUCUUCCUAAAUCAGGUCAGGAUUUGAAGAACCAGGCGGCACACUCCUGCCAAGAAUUGCCAGGAGUGACCCCCCAGGUAGCGAAUGACGUCGUAACUGAAUCAAUAGAUUCCCUUGGGAGGGAGGGCUGGGUAACGUGCUUGCCCUUUGAAUUGAGCUUAUGACUGACUGAUUCAUGCAAAGAGCCUUCAGAUAAGCUUCCAUGAUGUCACAUAUGAUCAACAAGUAAUUAACCAAAAUCACAUCAUGUAAUUAUUGUACCAUUACUCUAGGGCUUAUUGUUCAGAUUAAUAAGCUUAUUCCAUUUUCAUGCUGUGAUUGAAUUCAGCUUAGGGCUUAGUCAAUUCAAUUUAAGCAUGCCAAUGAGGUUUGUAUAGCAACAAGAAUGAGAAAACGAAAUCCUGAAGCAGCCUGGUCCGUGUUAAGGGAAAAUGACAUCAUCAUAAAAAUGGCCUGUUAUAAAUUUAACCAUCUUAUUAUUCCAUUUAAUGUAUUGAGUACUGUUUCUAUUGCCAUGACAUGUGGUGUUUUCAAAAAUAUUAGAUGCAAGCCAUCAGCAAGCAAGGACCAUUGGCAGGGCUUAGAUGGGGAUUUGCUUUUAUGCCAUCUUGAAUAAGCAUGGUACAGGAUCAGAAGCACAUAACCUUGCUUCUGACAGGAAAUAGGUGGAAUAUUAUUGUUCUGGGUGGGUCCAUUAAGCUGGAGGGCUCGUGUAAUCAUAAUAUAAUCAUUUGGAGAGGUUAAAAAAUUUGGAAUGCCAAUUCCGUAACUCAAGGCAUUGUUUAUUUUACUUUUUUUUGUUGCAACAGUUCAUUUGGAGGCAAAAAACCUUUAGAUAUAUUGAUUUUGGUCAUCAUUGUACAUUUGUGAUUUCUGAAGUACUGUAUUGCCCUGAGGUGGAGAACAAAAGUGUCGCUUUGACCUUCAAAAUUGUUCUGCAUACAUAUAGCAGGGAAUUUGCUUCACUUACAAGGCAGGCCUGGCCUAAUGCCAUGCUCUUCCCCAGGUAUAGGGGUGCGGGGCUUUCCACAGACUAGUGCAUUAUUGAAGGGGAAUGAUUUAUCAUCAAGAUGUUGCAUCAACUAUGGAUUUCAUAGGUGACUAUUCCCUACAAGGACUGACAAGAAAGAAAAAUGAUGAUAAGGAUGAAGAACUUGUAUUUUUUGCCUAAUUUGCAGACCAUUCGUUACCAAGUCCUUAUUUCUCUCAUGCUAUCAAGUCAAACAAAAGACCAAGUCACAUUUGCAGCCAUGGAAAAGUUAAAAGCACAUGGCCUAACAGUAGAGAAUAUUCUUAAAACACCUACAAGUAAAAUAGGGGAGCUGAUUUACCCAGUUGGUUUCUGGAAGGUGAGUGUGAGUGUUGAUUAAACACUGUACAUACUAAAACAGGCUAACUAAUAACUGGAAAGUAGGAUUGGUUCCUCUGUUUGGGUUUAUCAUACAAGUGUACUUAUAUUGAUAAUACUCAAAUUUAAUUCUUCCUAUAACUAUGAAAAAUUAGCAUAUACAGGGUUGUCAGAAAGUUUUGAAGAAGACGGCUGAGUUGUCAAAAUAAGCGGCCAGUCCAGGGAUAUUUUAUUUAAAAAACGUCAUCUGUAAAUAAAUGCCAAGCAGAGAAGCCGGCCAAUACUAACCAAGUAGGUGGUGAUUUUCGCCAGCAGCCGGCUACUUUUGUCAACCCUGGACAUAGUUUAUGGUCAUCCAAGACAAGUUCUUUUCUUCUGCUCUCAUUCACAUGACACUCAAUUCAAAUUUGACUGUGUAUAACUAAAUUUUUGAUUUAGUAUGAUGAGUUCAGCUGACAUUUUCCUUUUAUUUUUAAUUUCAGAAAAAGGCUGAGUAUAUUAAGGAGGCAACUAAAAUUUGUGCUGAAACGUACAAAGGUGACAUUCCACCCACAGUAAAGGAUCUGACAGCACUGCCAGGGGUGGGUCCCAAGAUGGCACACAUUACCAUGAAUGUAGCAUGGGGGAAGGUGACGGGAAUUGGAGUUGAUACUCACGUCCACAGGAUUGCUAAUAGACUUGGCUGGGUCAAAAAGCCCACCAAACUUCCUGAAGAAACUAGAGUCGCUGUAGAGAGCUGGCUGCCAAGGUAAUGUUAACUACAGGUUUAGACGAUACACAAAUAAUUAUUAGAGGUCUUACUAGUUCAAAUCCUAUUACCCACUCCCACCACAAUUCAUUCAAAUGGCAUAAUUUUGCUUGAGCCAAAUCACCCAUAUCCGAGAGAUGUCAGUCUAAACUAUAAAAAAAGUUUAAGCUCAUCUGCCAAACCAAACUGAUUCCAAUGCUACUUUUCUGCUGUACCUACCAUCUAGAAAUGGCUCAUGAGUGGUAUGGUUCUUGAAACAUUAAUAUUUAGAUCUAUAUGAAAGUUGGCAGAACCACUUUUUUGGAUGUGUUAAAUCAACUUCUAACUCUUAGUUAUACCAAUAAUAUUCUAAGGCAGCUGUAAUAUUGAUAGACUUUGCUGUGACAAAGCCCCUGCCUUUGUGUAUUAUUUUUUCUGAGCUCAGCAAGGCCUUCAUAUGUAGCCAGAUACUGCAGUAAAGUCAGCCAGCUACUCUAAGUUUGAAAAUGAGUCAAACGUAAUAAAUAUAAGAGGAUUUGUGGGACAAAUGACCAGCUCCUUUUCCUGAGAGAUAGACCAGCCUUAAAUGAGAGCAAAUGCUCUGGAUCUUAACCUUAUUGUAAAAGUGACAGCACUAUUAUUCUUGGCACACCAGCUUCAAAAUUUGACCCCUAAGGUUAGCCUGAAUUUCAGCCAUUUACUUGAGUUGCAAACUCUUAAGAGAGAUGUAUGAAUCAACCAACUGUUAUACCAUCCAGUAAUACCACUACCCCCUUUGUUUUAUGCAAAAUCCAAAAUAUGAUUUUCAAGCAGUAAAUAAGGGAAUGACUAUCACCAGGAUAUUAGGACUGCAGAGUACAGAAUUGCUUUACUUGUAACUCAUGUCAAAUGUUGGAACAGUCAACUGCAUGCAGUAUUCUGGGCAGACGUUUAGCACCAUUAUUUAAAAUUGCACCUCUAUGCAAGAACAGACUUUGGAAGUGACAGGAAGUUGGAAUAUUAUUUUGCUAGCUUGACAUAAGCUUGUUAUAACAGUCACAAAAAUCAAUCACUGAGGCCUAUGAAAUCCACCCAUGAAACUGCCACAAAAUGGCUCUAACUAAAUGUGAACCAACUUUUCAUAUGGAUUUUUCAUCUGUAGGUAUAUUUAACACUGUCUUUCUAAGGAGUUUGACUUGAGGAGAGAACUGAAAUUUAGGCCACUGAAAGAUAUGAUGAUGAUCACUCUAACAUUUUUCAGGGAAGUUCUCCCCCAACAGCAGUUGACAGUUUAAUUCGAAUACAUAGGCUGCAAAUAUGUUUCAUCACAUAGCAUAGAAUAUACAUAGCACUAUGUAAAAGCUAAGAAAUUUGUUGGAAAUAAAAGUGAAGAUCGAGAUGCUAUGUAAAAACUAUUUUGCUUUGAUGCUGAUGCAUAGUGAAUACAUAGGAUGCUAAUCGGAAGGAAAAGCAGAACUUUCUAUUGCAUAGUAAAUACAUAGCUAUGUAAAGACUAUGAAAAGAUUUUGAAUAGUAUUUGCAUAGGUAUUCAAAAGCUAUGGGCUUUUCAAAUAGCCUAAAGAUAGUUUCAACAUAGAUUUUGCAUACUUUGGACUAUGUUGUUUGGUGUGUUACAUAGUUAAUACAUAGGCAGUAGUGAAUAUAACAUAGCUGAAACAUAGUCCAACAUAGUAAACAAAUAGCAUGAGCAUAGGUUUUGCAUAUGUCUGGUUCUACAAGGGCUCCCACCUCUGACACCUUGGUGCUUUUUUUAUUAUUAUAGUGGGGUAAAUUGCUGCAGAUUAAAGGAAAUGUUCUCUUCUCUUUUGGCAGGGAGGAAUGGGAUGAAUUGAAUGUACUGUUGGUUGGAUUUGGUCAACAAACAUGUCUUCCUGUAGGACCACAGUGUGAAUCAUGUCUGAACUGCAAAAUAUGCCCAGAAGGACGAAGAGUUUCCAGGGGGAAACCCAGCAAAACUAAGUAAUUCCAUAUCCAAAUAUUUUCUCGGCGGGAUUUCUGGUGAUAUCUUUUGCAUUCAGCAACCUAAUGGUUUUAUUCUUAUGUUUGUCAUUUUAGUUUGGAUUUUUCAAACAUUUGUUUUGUAAGCAGGGAAUAUGUUAGCUUGGAAAUGAAUAAUCUAUAUCCCCUGUCAGCGACUAAGUUAAACCAGGCAUUGUUCUAGAGUACUUCAUAGCUUCAUAGUACGUGCUCUUGAAAUUCCCAUAGCUGAGUAAUGAAAAAUUUUAGUGAAAAACUGUCAAAAUAGCCAGGAUGCAUAUGUAAUUUAUGCAAUUUUGGGUGCCUCUUAUUAAGGCUGUGGUCUUGAGUUAAGGCAACAGAACUAAGAACAAUAUUCUCUUGAUUUUUUUUCUAUAGCAAAAUACCAGUAUGUCCCAUUCAUCUCCUGCGUACAAAUAGUCGCACAUUCACAGUAUCAACAGGGUUCGUACAGAGUCUUGAAUUCUUGAAAAAGUCUUGAAAUUUGCCCAGUAAUUUCUAGACCAGGAAAAAAUCUGGAAAAUAGGGGUGAAGUCUUACAAAAUGGUAAGAAGUCUUGAGUU